UUUCGUCUUCAGAGGAGUGGUUGUGAUGGCCACCCCUCAGGUGUUAAGAGGUGGGAGAUAUUUCAGUGACACUGCACACACUCACACCGACCUUCUCUGUCGCUUCUCAUCUCCGUCUGCACUGAAUUCAACGGAGAGCUGGAUUUUGGAUUUAUUAUUAAGAACCGAGGCUUGAGGACUUAGGAGAGAUGUGUGGGGUGUGAGAAAGACCUUUGAACUACGGACUAAACACAGGAUUCAGUGUGCAAUAAGUUGGAAGAAGUAUCAUGGAUGCAUUAGCUUUAGAGGCAAAAGGGGCUAAGAGUGAAAGCGCAGCAGCACCGGCACCCUCCAAACCCAGACCAAAACCCCCCCAAAAAGCGAAACGAAUUGUUUACUUUGAGGUGGAGAUACUAGACAUCAAAACCCGGGAAAAACUACUGCUUCUGGAUAAGGUAGAGCCAACAGCCACUAUUUUGGACAUUAAGUCUUUGUUCCACAAAUCAAAUCCACACUGGUAUCCUGCCAGACAGUCUUUAUGCCUUGACCCAAAAGGAAAACCCUUAAGAGAUGAGGAAAUCCUUCAGGAGCUCCCUGUGGGAACCACUGCAACCUUCUACUUCAGAGACUUGGGAGCCCAGAUUGCCUGGGGAACUGUGUUCCUAAUCGAGUGCAUUGGACCACUUGUCAUAUAUCUGCUGUUUUAUUUUCGACUGCCUUUAAUCUACGCUCCCAAGUACGAGUUCACCGCCAGUAAGCAUUUGGUUGUGCAUAUCGCCUGUGUGUGUCAUUCCUUCCACUACAUGAAGCGAAUCUUGGAGACGUUGUUUGUCCAUCGCUUCUCCCACGGCACCAUGCCAUUUCGCAACAUUUUUAAAAUCUGUUCCUAUUACUGGUGCUCUGCUGCAUGGAUGGCUUAUUACAUCAAUCACCCUCUCUACACACCGCCAUAUUAUGGGGAGAAGCAGGUGAAGGCAGCACUGGGAAUCUUUCUAUUCUGUCAACUUGGCAGCUUCUCGAUUCACGUGGCUCUGCGCAAUCUCAAACUACCUGGCUGUAAGACGAAGAAGAUUCCUUAUCCAACCAAAAAUCCUUUUACAUGGAUAUUUGCACUUGUUUCAUGCCCAAACUACACAUAUGAGAUGGGAUCCUGGCUCGGUUUCACACUCAUGACCCAGUGUGUCCCUGUGUUGUUCUUCACUGUGGUGGGAUUCAUACAGAUGACGGUUUGGGCCAAAGGAAAGCAUCGCAGCUACCUGAAGGAGUUCAAACAGUAUCCCACACUGCGCUCCCCUAUCCUACCUUUCAUCCUAUAGCAGGAAGAUACAACACUAAAAAUAACAUAUACAGAGUUUUUUUUUUCCAAUCAAAUACAAG